AUGGAAGAAGACACUGAGGUUCAGACAACCACUUUGUCCACUGAAGAAGAAGCAGUGUGUGUUGAGGACAAGAAGUAUCGAGGGGUACGCAAGCGUCAUUGGGGCAAGUGGGUUUCAGAAAUCAGAGAGCCCAAGAAAAAGUCCAGAAUCUGGCUUGGCACUUUCCCUACUGCAGAGAUGGCUGCCCAAGCCCAUGAUGCUGCGGCCCUUGCCAUCAAAGGCCCCUCCACCUUCCUCAACUUCCCUGAGUUAGCCUCACAAAUUCCACGCCCCGCCAGCACUUCCCGUAAAGACAUCCAAGCCCUCGCCGCCAAGGCAGCCGCAAUGAAUUACCACCAAGCCCAUGCCGAAAACACUUGUGAAGCCCAAGCCCAAAUAAGCAUGUCUGUGUCUUCCUCCCAUUCCAUUGAUGCACACCAAUCUUCAGGUUCAUCGUCAUUGUUAAAUGGUGAGGUUGACACGAUAUUUGACCUACCUGAUCUCUCACUCGACUCAAAUCAUACAGAUUUAGGUUUUUGGCUGGAACUGGAGGAUGACCCUUACCCGUGA